GCGGUGGAGCUGCGGCUAAGAUGGCCUCACUCGUGUAAACAUUGUAUUUCUCUAACUCACCCCGGCACAGCCUCUCAUCUCCAAACACCCUCCCACCUGCCUCUGCUAAGAAUGACACACUCAAUGAUACCCCUCCACCACACCCCAGGUCCGGCACUCCACUAGUUCACCCACACACACGUGGAUAAAGAGGCAGUCCCCAGGGGUAGACAUUACUCUUCCACUCCCCAGGCCCAUAGUCCCCAGCUUCCAGUCCCGACUAAACGAGGAGUCUACUCUUGUUCUCUUCUGUGUCUUCUGUGUAGCCGUCCACGUGGGGCUAGACAGCAACACCCAGCACUGCCUCAGCCCCACAGCACCACGGCAGCCCCCAGCAACACGUGGAUUUGUGGUCUCCCUGAUGUGCUGCGGUGUGGCUGACUGACGCUGCUGCUGCUAUCGCCACCACCGCCAUCACCACCAUGCCACCCCCAGCUUUCACCCCCAACACCAGCUGCGGCCCCUGUGUGUACUGUGGGGAGUCCUCAGAGGGGCAGCCGCAGGAGCUAGUGUCAUGUGAGCUGUGUCGCCGUCCUCUACAUUUACUCUGCUUGAAGUCACCACCACAGAGCUCCUUACUUGGUGAUAACUUCUUCCUGGUGACGUGUGGUGCCUGCAGUGAUGGUGAGGAGGUGGUGCAGAGGGCGGACAUGUCAGACCUACACAUGCUGAUGCUGACCCUGUACAACCUCCACAUGACCCAGGAACACACGUCCAAAUCGGGUUUUUUUCAUUGGAAGGUUCAGGUCGCCCACACCUGUCAUAAAGGGAGGAAGAAGAAGAUAUUAAUGGCGACCAGCACCAGGAUGUCCCACCACACCCGGUACUUCCAGAGUGGCCUGGGGGUGCUGGGGGAGCCUGGGUGGUACCGGCUGGUGGAGGUAGCACCCCCUGCCCAGCUCCUCCUCUUGGCCCAUGGGGGAAUGGGGAGCCAGUCUCAUGAUUUGGUAGUGGAGGAACCACCACCACCACCACCACCACCACCAGUGAAAGGGGAGCCAGUGGAGAGAACAGAGGAGUGGAAUGUGCUGCCUUCGAGUGCCUGGUUUACUGAGAGAGACCUCCUUCUACAGCAGUGCCAGCCCCUGAGGCACUGCUGCAGGGGGAGGACCAGGGCAGGGAGAUGGGGGAGCAUAAGGUGUGUGUGUUAUCCAAAGAAGUCUGCCAUGAGGGACCUUAUCAAAAGCCUUUUUUAUGCUCAGAAUGUGAAAGAGGAAAUAAUAGUGAAAGAAGAAAUAAUAGAAGGAAUUUCCGAAGCGAUGGAGAGUGAAGAAAACGUGAUUGUUGAUGAAAUAAAGGAAGAGGAAGAGGAAGAAGAGGAGGAAGAGGAAGAGGAGGAGGAGGUGGAGGAAGAAGGAGAGAUGAGGAGAGGGAGAAAAAUGCGUCCUUCUCUCUUUCCUCCACCUUCCUCCGUUCCUCCAAUCCUCCUCCAUGCGGAUUUGAAAGUAGACAACCACACAGGGAAAAACCUUCGUCGUCUGAGCCGUUAUGAGGAGAAGAGUUUGCUGCGUCACCUGGAGAGGCUCGCCGCACCUCACCCCCUCCCCCCACACCUCCAUAGGCUGAGGAGAAAGCUUAUUGUUAGGAGUCAGAAGGUGGAGCACGGAUUGCCGGUAUUCAAUAUGGACCAGGAGGUGGACCACUGGCGGACUUUUAAGCAGCGGCGGACCAGGAGGGAGCGGAUGGACCAGGGUGGAGCGGCAGAACAUCCACUCCACACUGCAAACACACGGAUAUUGGACCGAUUUCAGGUGGCAGGGCAGCAGCAGGGGACAGCAGAGGAGCACAACAUGAGCUUUGCCGCCCGUCUUGGUGGGUCCGGCGACGGUGCCAACCCUCCUCCCCUCAUCCACAGCCCCUACACCCUCAGGUACCUUAAGCCGUUCAUCAGACGUGAUUUUGAGUGUCUCCCGCUGAAGCUACGACUUUUACGAGAGAUUGUGUCGAGCCACCACCAGCGGGAGCCGGGCUGGAUGUCCCCCCCGUCGGCACCCAUUGACUUUUGCUACGUCACUGCCAAACACAUCCCAGCCAUGAACCAGCUGGCUAGACACUUCUUCUGGCCUGGGAUUGACUUGUCAGAGGUGCUGCAGUACCCGGACCACACCUGUGUCGUGCUGUACCGUCGCCUGGUGGUGGGGUUCGGGGUGGUGGUGCCGGACACAGGGUACAAUGAGGCGUACCUUUCCUUCCUGCUGGUGCACCCUGAGUGGAGAAGGGCUGGAAUUGCUACUUUUCUCCUGUACCACUUAAUCCAGACAUGCCCCGGGAAGGACGUGACCCUGCAUGUGUCGGCAACCAAUCCUGCGCUCAUCCUGUACCAGCAGUUCGGGUUCAAAGUGGAGGAAUUUCUGUCUAACUUCUACGACAAGUAUCUCCCACACGACAGCCCUGUGUGUAAGCAUGCCAUGUUUAUGAGGCUUGGCAGGUGAACGUGUGUGUGUGUGUGUGUGUGUGUGUGUGUGUGUGUGUGUGUGUGUGUGUGUGUGUGUGUGUGUGUGUGUGUGUG